GACAAAGAGCGACGAAAUGAACUUGUGCCCUCAUCGUAUUGGUAAUGGCUUCAUAGCAAAUGCAUAAGACUUUUGGCUAUCUCCAGAUCAUAUAGCACGCACAACCCAGGCUCCUUAAAAUGAGAACUUCAUUUCUUCUCGCUGCCAUUGGCUUCCUAUAUCGGAUACCCUGUUCAGUGGCACAGACCCUGAACAUCGUCGCGCAUCAGGAUGAUGACCUACUAUUCGUCAGCCCCGACCUUCUGCAUGAAAUUCAAGACGGCCGCAGAGUUCGCACAGUUUUCCUGACAGCAGGCGACGCAGGGGAAGUUUCUACUGGCUACUGGGAGCAACGCCAGGCGGGUUCCCAAGCCGCAUACGCGCAGAUGGCCGAUGUAAGUGACAUCUGGUCGCAAUCGGACGCUGGCAUUGGCGGGAAAAACAUUCCUGUCUUCACACUCGAUGGGAAUCCGGAUAUAUCACUGGUCUUCCUUCAAUUACCCGACGGUAACGGCCUCGGAGAUGGAUUUCCGAGUACCGGAAGUGCCAGUCUCCAGAAACUCUGGCAGUCGGAAAUCAGUAGCAUCCAAACGGUGAACGGGUCGACCAGCUACACAAAUGACGAGCUUCUUGAUACACUUACUACUUUGAUGAAUGAUUUCAACGCUGAUCGGAUUAAUACUCUGGACUACGCUCAUGAGUAUGGUGAUGUUGACCAUAGUGACCACCACACCACGGCUUAUUAUGUGGCAAAGGCAGCCGAAAAAUACUCCACCACGCAUACUUUGACUGGGUACACUGGGUAUUCAAUCCAAUCAAUGGCCCAGAACGUGUUUGAGGAUGAUCUCAAUGCCAAGCAAUCUGCGUUCUUCACAUAUGCUGCUCACGAUUCGAAAGUUUGCCAUGACUUAGCCAGUUGUGGUAAUGGCAAUGAGGCACAAUGGCUGCAGCGACAGUAUGCUGUCACUGGAGAACCAGUAGCGAAUGCCCGUCUCCUUGGUACUCGUCGGACAGUUGGAUUGGGGGAGAAGGUCAUGCUUGAUGGUACGGACAGUCGAGACCCCAACGGUGCCACUCUUACUUAUCAGUGGACACAGAUUAGAGGAGCCAGCGUUAUCCUCUCCAAUGCCACAGCUGCGCGACCGUCAUUCACCAGUCCUAAGUCUUCGGAAACACUAGGGUUCAGCUUGGUAGUCGGGAAUGGAAACACAAGGAGUACGCCAGCAAAAGUCACAGUGAUUGCAACUAAUCUGAAGAAUAUCGCCCGUAACGCAACAGCGACCGCAUCUUCACAGAACGCUGACAGUGGCCAGACAGCGGAGAAGGUCAUUGACGGAAUAAUCGACGGUUAUCCAGGAACAGCAACCAAAGAAUGGGCAACGGUGGGUGGCAAAGCCGGGAGCACGUUGAGGCUUACAUGGGCCAAACCGCAGUCGAUCUCUGAGGUCUAUCUAUACGACCGUCCCAAUGUCGAUGACCAAGUUACUGGCGGCAUUCUUCAAUUUGAUGAUGGAAGUAACACCACCGUUCAUGCACUGGACAAUUAUGGCAAACCCAACCGGAUUCAGUUUGAAGCGAAAACCACGCAAAGUCUCUUAUUCACAGUAACUUCUGUUAGCCCAUCUACGCGUAAUGUUGGUCUGGCAGAGAUAGAAGUAUACGGGGCUUCAUCCGGCUGA